ACAAAAAUGGCUGCCUUGUUGUUGGCGACUGUUGAGCGCUUGUUUGUGAAAUAAAUAUUUGUUUCUUUCUUUUAUUAUGAGUUCGAUUAAUUGGUUAAACGAGCUGUAUUGGAGUUGGAUUCCCCAUUUAGUUAAUUGUCACAACAGCGCUCCAGUCAGCCCUUCAACCCACCAGUAGUGUAACUAUAGUUUGGACAGCAUCAGAGAGUCAAGAUGUGGCCGACGUCGCAAUACUCGCAUACCAACAACCAACCCCCGCCUCCUGGCAAGCAGAAUGAGCACCAGAAUCAACAGAACUUGAAGACUCUGGGGAUGACUUCUGCUAUUUCUAUGGCAGGUCCAAAACCCAUAGACAUUGAGAAAACGAAUGAGCUGAAGGAAUCCCUCGUUCCGUUCGGAGUGUUCGAGUCUGAGGCGGAGAUGCACCAUCGUAUGGAGGUGCUGGGCGCGCUACAUCGGCUGGUGCGACAGUGGAUCCGCGAUGAGUCCAUGCGCAAGAACAUGCCUGCAACAGUGGCCGAGACCGUUGGCGGGAACAUAUACACUUUUGGCUCUUACCGGCUUGGGGUACACCAUAGAGGGGCCGAUAUCGACGCGUUGUGCGUCGCGCCGCGCCACAUCGACAGGGUCGAUUACUUCCAGUCGUUCUAUGAGCUGCUGAAAACGCAACCACAGGUCAAGGAUUUGCGGGCCGUAGAAGACGCGUUCGUGCCCGUAAUCAAAAUGAACUUUGACGGGAUUGAAAUAGAUCUUCUGUUCGCCAGACUGGCGCUCAAAGAAAUACCAGAUUCGUUCGACCUGAGCGACGACAUGCUCCUCAAGAACCUGGACCAGAAGUCUGUCCGGUCCCUCAACGGGUGUCGCGUCACGGACGAGAUAUUACGUCUGGUGCCCAACAUCAACAACUUCAGGCUGACCCUGCGAGCCAUCAAGUUGUGGGCUAAGAGGCACGGCAUCUACUCCAACACGCUGGGCUACCUGGGCGGCGUGUCGUGGGCCAUGCUGGUGGCGCGCACGUGCCAGCUGUACCCCAACGCGCUGCCCGCCACGCUGGUGCACAAGUUCUUCCUGGUGUUCAGCCAGUGGAAGUGGCCGCAGCCCGUGCUGCUCAAGCAGCCCGCCAACGUCAACCUGGGCUUCCCUGUCUGGGAUCCUCGAGUGAAUGUGUCAGACCGGUUCCACCUGAUGCCCAUCAUCACGCCUGCCUACCCCCAACAGAACUCCACCUUCAACGUGUCUGCCUCCACGCGGACUGUCAUCAUGGAGGAGUUUAGGCUCGGUCUAGCGAUAACAGAUGAGAUAAUGCUGGGCAAGUGUGGAUGGGAGCGGCUGUUCGAGGCGCCCAACUUCUUCUCCCGCUACAAGCACUUCAUAGUGCUGCUGGCGUCCUCCGCGACGCCCGACGACCAGCUGCAGUGGUGCGGCCUCAUCGAGAGCAAGAUACGACAUCUCAUUACGACGUUGGAGCGCAACCAGCACAUCACGAUAGCGCACGUGAAUCCGGAGUGCUACAGCUCCGUGCCGCUCAGCACCAACAACGGGCAGCCGCUCGCCUUACCGCCCGGUUCGCUAGUACAAACUGAUCCAGCCCCCGAAGUGAGGAAGAAUGAAAACGGCGAGAUAAUACCAAACCACUGUUCGAUGUGGUUCAUCGGGCUCGUGUUCGAGAAGACCAACCUGAACGUGGACCUCACCUACGACAUAUCCACCUUCACCAAGGCCGUACACUUCCAGGCAGAGAACACCAACAUGCUGCGCGAGGGGAUGACUAUUGAGGCGCGCCACGUCCGUCGCAAGCAGCUGCACGUGUACCUGUCGGGCUCGCUGCUGAAGCGCGAGCGCACGACGUCGGGCACCAAGCGGCGCGGGCCCGACCCGCCCGCGCCGCCGCCGCCCGCCCCUGUCAAGAAGACCAAACGACUCUCCGAGAGCAGCACGGACGAAGUAAGCGUGCUAUCGUACAACGAGGACUCCAACUCGUCCAACAUGUACGAGGUGAACAUCCAGCAACACGGCAGCAUGGCCAAGCCCGAGCUGCUCCCGGAGCCCCCCGAGCCCCUAGAGCAGGCGCCCGCGGCCCCCGCCGCCGAGCACACGCCCUCUACCUCCAACAGCAUCGCCUGCACGUAGCAGUACGAGGCCUGGCGACGGAGGUUCAUAUACGGAACCAACGUCAAGACAAAAGUGAAGCGCUAAGAACGCUCAGUUUAUAUAUAAGUGACUCAAGAGUAACCAGAAGUGAUAAGUGACUGUGAAACGUAAAUCUUAAACUGCCGUGUUCUGUGGUGCGAAUGUUUGUGUCGUGUCAAGGUUGUGCUGUCGGCUGCGUUGAGACCUAUGGGGUCUGUCUGCUGUUUCAACACGGGAUCACUCCGACAUUAGACACUCUUAUUGAGGAAAAUAAGGUCGAAAUUGGCAAAAUUUUACACAUAGAUGCUCAAUUAUGACUAAACAUGUAAAUAUGUAUAUGCUUGAUUCCCACACACGUCAAGAUAAUGGAACAGUGCAGAAAAGUAAUAGUGAUAACAUGAAUGUUAUAUUUUAUUUAAAUUUGUAUUUUUAGAUGUCGCGAAGACGAGAUACCGCGGUGGACGUAAGUUUUAUUGGUAGAUUAGAAAAAGCAUUUCUAUUGAGAAAAUUUAAAAAAAAAAUAAUGUUAGCAAUAAUAAUGGGUAUGGACAUGGAUAUUGAGCGCUGACUUGCUACAACAUUCGAUUUUUGAACCCCCGGAAAUGGCGGGAAAUGAUGCGAUUGGUCCGUCAUGACGUGAUAUUUCGUGCAUCUUAGUGGUUCAUAAGUGAGAUCUCAUCUGCCAUUUUGUGAUCACGUAUCACACGACGCGCGGUAACUAUCCAAUCCCCAGUGUUGAAUAUCUGUGCCCGUAUCGUCGUGUAAGCGCACAUUACGACAAUAUUGUACGGUCAGAACCAUAUUUCUUAUUUAUUCGAUGCAAUAUCAUAUUUUUCCUGUAAUAUUACUCAUCAGUGUUUGAGGAGUCAGGACUAAGAUUUUGAACUAAUAGUUGUUUUUGACAAAUUCAUAUUUCAAGUUUGUAACUUUAAUUUAUGGACAUUGCAUGAUGAUGAUAAGUCUUCUGUUGAAUUAUGAUCACACACAAGUCACAAAUCAAGAAUUGAAUUUGAAAUGUAACUAUAAAAUACCAACCUAGAUAAAAACUAGUCUUGAGAUGAUCAAAAACCAACGUCAUUUUUCGUUUUUGAUUUACAAACUUUAAUUAUGAAUUACGCGACAGUGAGUAUGUUUGAUGACGUCGCCAUUUGCAUAUAAAUGAGUUUUGACUUUUCGAAAAAAGCAUCUUAAUUUGACUAGAUUAUCAUCAUCUACCAUAUUGAACACUCGUAUCGUAAUAGAGCUAUCGUCCGCCAUUAUUACAUCAUUUUAACAACAUUGGGAAUCAAUGAAUUGUUAUCUGUGAAUGGGUUAAUUGUUGGACAAAGAGUAGAAUUUGCAUAAAUUCUACUACUCAUUCUUAAACCUCAAAAAUAUUCUACUUAUUUUAUGUAAGCUUGUUAAAGUAAGCUCCUUUACAUUACACAAUUGAUCGGACACGAUUUCGGGUAUAUUGAAUGUAUGAAAUCCUUACUCUGCCCACCUGAUAUAUUAUUACACGGGUUGAUCCUAAGGGGUACUUAAUUCAUCUUGGGAAGGAUGUACGGUCACGAGCAUUAAUAUGUAUACACUUUGGAACCAUAUCACAUUAACUUUUUUGACAAAUUGAACUGUAAGUCUCACUAAAUGUCAAAUAUGUUAGUGCGACAGAGUCCUAAAGUGGGUACAUUAUAUUGCUCGUUACUGUACCUCUGACUACCGCAAUGAGGGACUUUCCAGGUUACGUUUACCAAAAACAAUAUAGAUGGCGUUGUACAGCUUUUUUUUUUCAUUAUAUAUUUUCUCAUUACUCGGGUACAUAAUUAUUCCAAAAUAGACUUUAAUGGCAGAAGCAUAUAUCAAAAUAAUUGUUGCUUGAAAUUUAGAUGACAUUAUGUAUAGUAUUAUGUUGCUACAUAUAUUGCGUCUCUCUAUUUUGAUCAGGUAUAAUAAUGGGUGGAAAAUGUAGGUUGUAAUAAAAAGGGUCUUCAUUUAUAACCAAAACCAAAGAUAUUGAUGAAAUUUGAACGUUAAACGAGGUAAAAUCAGAACAGCGGGGUUAAAAUGGCCACAUCGCAGCAAUUGAUCUAAGAAAGCAAUAUUGCAAUUUGACAUUUGCACAUAUAAAAGUAAGUGCGCAAUGCAAACAAAUGUCAAAUAGAAAUAUUGCUUUCUUAGAUGAAUUGCUUCAAUGUGGCCAUUUUAACCCCCCUGUGCUAUCUAUUUUGUUUUUGAGGAAUAAAGCCUGGAAAACCCUGCAUUGGGAUGUAGUUGUGUGCUUAUUUUACGUUGUUAUGCGACGCCUCGUGCCCGAUCAAUCGCGCAACCAGUAUCAUAAACGUAAUGAGGCCUGUAAUAUCUGGCGGUCAAUAGCUCUCCUUCUGUUUUCGUCAUCAUAAAGCACUUUGCAAAGCAAUAUUGUCGCGAUGUGGGCUUACUGUUCGAAUAGAGGAAGGUCCAUCACUAUUUUGGAUAUGUUGCAGAUGACUAGUGUCGUGUCACCACGUAGGCACAUCGUGAGCCACUCACGUAAGUUUAUGUUAUAACAUAAACCCGCCAUUUAUAUAAACCAUUUGCAAGGCACGUUAUUUUGUUGAAUGAGUCUCAUUGAUCUAUGAUACAGGGAGAUGUAUACAUACGUAUAUAUUACGGGUAGAUAUCAUUAGGGGCUUCCCAGCCUACGUUCCCCAGAAAAAAUAUAGGUGGCGUUGUGCAGUUUUAAUUCUAAUUUAACCUUCUAAUUUCAUGAAUAGCAGACAUGCAUCUUUUAUCUUAAGAUAAACAUUAUUAUUGUGUAUAAAUUUAGGUACAUAGUUGCAGUUAUAGUUGCAAAUUACGUCUCACUAAAUUUUGUUUUUGGGUAUAAAUGAUGACCCUUUUUAUUACACCCAAGCACAAUUACAUCUUACACCCGUUUUAUUAUUCUGAACAAAAUAAAGAGAAGCAACAUAGGUAGCAACAUAAUUCUAUACAUAAUCUGAUCCAAAUAACAAUUAUUUUUAUAUGCUUCUGCCAUUUAAUUUUUGAAUAGUUGUGUACCCGAGUAAUAAGAGAAUAAGUAAUUUUCACGUUAAAUGGACAACAACAUCUAUUUUAUUGCGAACGUAGCCUGGAAAAUCCCUCCUUCAAUUAAUUAUAUGCUUUUUUUACGUAGUGUUACUGCUUAAUUUUCUAAUGUCUACUGCACGAUUACAUUUAUAAUCUGCCAGUUUUUUUACUGCUAGUAUAGUUGGUUUUACAGAUAUGGUAUUUAGAUCGGUGUACGAAAAAAGAACGCUAAUGAACUCGUUAAAAUAACGUUAUCCUAGCGAUCCCGAUUCAUUAACAUGGAUUUACUCUAGGCUUAGAUGUAAUGGGUUAACACGUUGACAGUCCCCGUACAAAAUGUUUUGACUUCCUUCUAAGUCCCGCAUAUUACUUCAAUUUUUGAUUAUUUUAAUAUUUUUACUAGACCUUCAGUCAUUUCAGUCUUCAGUAGCAUUCAUCAAACAUACUUAAUACAAACCUCCGCUAAGUUACCCGGGAUCCAAGUGGAGCACCAGGCCCUUAGUGCGUACCUGUAUGCUCUGCACGGUAACCGCGGCGCGCGGCGCGAAUUAUAUCGAGGCCUUCGACCAAUAGCUGUUAGUACGUAGAUAACAUUCAUAUCGUUUAUUGGUCGAAGCGCUCAAUAUAAUUCAUUCAGACCCAUGUGACCCAUGUGGGUCACAGAUGUAUUGAGCUAGUCCGUCAUGACCCGACUGUCAACGUGUUAAGUUCAAUGUUCUAUUGACGAAUGAUACCAUACCCCAUCGGUCGAUUGUUGUAGUAUGCACUGGUUCACAGUAUUUGUGUCUGGUUUGAACAGCAUGCAUAGAAUAAACAUGCUUGCAAGUCGUAACUAUACACAUAUGUAUAUUUGUUUACAGUCACUAUAAAAAUGAGCAUCCAAUAAGCCACAGUUCUUGCAAAUGGUUCCAUAGUACAAAGUGGAAGAUAUACUUUCAUUUAUUUUCGUGUCUGUUUUAGAUAGAGUAAGGUGUCCGACAUAUUUUAGGGAAUGUAUCGAAUAUUGGGUAUUAAAUUUUUAACGUAGAUAAUUCUAUAACAUUUGGGAUUUAAUUGACAUCAAAAACUAUUCAUUCUAUUUCAUGUCCUUGUCCUAGCGUUUGCUCCGGGGUCCGCUAACCUAACCUGAAAUUAUUGACAGGUCCAUUUUUUUAUAGAAGCUUACGAAGGAAAACCAAAACAAUUACAGGUUAGGUCAUAUGCCUCCGAAAAUUUGCCUAUUUAGUAUCAUAACAUAAAUAGCCUAUAUACGUCCCACUGCUAGGCACAGGGCUGCCCUUGAUAAGCCGGGGUAUGGAGUAGCCUCCACCAUACUGCUCCACUGUGGGUUGGUGGAGGUGUUCCUAUUUAAUAUAUUGUAGAGGAUAUCCCACCGAUUCAUUUAUAAAUACAUAUGCGACACUCACGUCAUUCUUAUUAAUUAAUCUAAUAUUAUACUUGAUUGACUUCACUGAAAAAUAGUAUUAUAUAUAAUGGAAUAAUGACUAUUGUACUUUAAGAUAUGAAUUGACUAUUUCCGGAUAGUGAUCCCAACCAACGAAUUUUACCCUAGUCAAUUCACCUACUAUGUAGAUUACAUAAUUGCAAACAUUUAUUUUCUAAAAUAUGUAAGACAUCUUUACAAAAUUCCAGCAACAAUUAGCGAUCGAUUUGCAUUCAUAUUCUUAUUAAACAUAUGCAAAGAGAUUUCUUCUAUAUUAUGUUGAAUUUUCUAUGAAAAUUUCCCAAAUAUUGUUUUGUGUGAAAGUACUUCGCACAGGGGGAUGUUUAGUUUUACGAUCGACUUGAUUCCACCUAGCAUAUAAGACUCAAUUGUACUUGAUUUUAAGGACCUUCUCCGUUUGUAAGUUGUAUAUAACGAUAGCCAAUUUAUUAUUAUAUAUGAAAAUAUAUAUAUAUAUAAAAAAUAUUAUAAAACUGAAAAAAAAGGAAAUAAAUGUAUAUACAAAAGGGA